CCCUGACUACACACCCUCUCUCCAUCUCCAUGGCGACAGCCCCACCGACCCACUCACUUCGUCUCUCAACUUCCUCCCUCCUCAUCGCUCGUCCAGCGCCGGACUCAACCGAAUCUUGGCCGAAGAGUCAGGUGACCAGUUCCGGCUGGCUCUGCCCGGGCGGGUCUACCGCUCUUACUCCGACGCUCACGUUACCAUGCCGACGUCAGGGUUCCCCGGUCGCCCGUGGCAACCAGAGGGGGGUGGGGCCGUGUGUCCCCUGGAUCGCAAGCAGUUCUUCAAGAGGUUUCAGAAGGCUCUCAAGUACGCAGCGGGGAUCAGCCGGCCUCAGCCACACCCCCCUGAGACCCCGUUCCAUCCCCACAUGUCCCGGUUCCAUUCCGAGAACCUUGGACUGGAAAACCCUCAAGCUCGUGUGAUGGAAGAGUUGUGGGUGGAGCUACAGGCUCAUCUCCAGGGGCGACAGAAAGAGGAGCAGAGAGAGUGGCUCCACUAUUUCUCUCAAGAGAGGGUGUCGAAGGUCCUCAUGCAGGUGGUUCAUUUCCAAAUAGUGCCCACUGCCGAUCCGACGGUCAAGUCUCAACACCAUGUUCCAGGCUGCCCCCGACUACCAGCCAUGUAACCAUGGCAACGGGAGUCACCGGGAGGGGUACGAGGUGGUGGGGGAGGGGCCAGACGAAGGGAAGAGAGAUAGUCCAGAGAAAUGUAGCACCGACUCUUCCACUGUGAUGGGUGACGAUGGGGGAGGAGGGGAGGAGGAAGAUGUAAUGUCUUCCGUGACGACUUCGCUCCGUUCCCAGCCGUGGUCCGUGGACUCCAAUGACGAUGUUCCUCAACACAACAAGAUAGCACCACAAGAGUUCCUCAGUCCAGCCCAAAACUCUGCCGUCUCCAAGGUAACAGACAUCCUGGAGCAACUGGAGAGGGUGGAGGGCACGUUUCAAAACCGUCGGAAUAUUGGAGACGAGCAUCCGCAAUACCGCACUCUCAGUUUCAGGAGAAAGGUUGACGCACUCACUCUGUGGUUGAAGGUUACGAAGGGAUUAGCGCAGGCCUUGGCGACGUUGUCUGGGUGGCUGGGCAUGGGCCAUCAUCGUCCCGGAAAUGUGCCGGGAAGAGGGAGAGUGUUCCAGGUCCACUAGCAACGAAUCCAAGACUGUUUCGUUUGCCCUCGGCGGUGAGGGGGAGAAGGAGGAGGAAGAGGGGGGCUCCAAAUUGUUCUCCGUCGGUUCCCCCACAGGCGAUUUUCUCGACCCCCAACAGUCGCUGAAACGGUUCGCCAGUAGGGGUCAGAGUUCGUCCGGGGGGUCGGUAGUAUCUCGAGGGACCCUCCAACGAAUGUUCAGUAGUUACCAGAGUAUGUCGGUGGAAGGGGGGCUGAGGGGGCCGUACAGGAAAUUUGUUGACGGGGGUCUGAAGACAAAGGGUCUGAGGAAGUUGAUGGAAGUGGUGCAGAAUUUCAUAACUCCGGUUCAGGAGUUGUGUGCUGCGGCGCUGACUCCUGUGGUCACGGGUCAGGGUACAGAGGAUACUGACGACGCCAGUCAGGAGGAGCUGGAGAGGCGACCUCUGCUUGGUCUCAGGGCCUACCUCGCACCCCUCCCCUCCUCCGCCCAGUCGUUUGAACACUACCGGAGCCACACCCACAGCUCCGCCUACCCCACCCACGAGGUGACGUACGAGAGGACGAUGUCGGUGAACUCUCUGGACUGGGGUCUGGAGUUUGAGUCGAUCAACCUUCCUCACUUCGGACGGCAGUAUAUCCAAUUAGUGCACAUCCCUCUGGACGUGAUGCACGAGUGUCUGAAGCUUCAGUUGGGGUUGCAGCUGCCAGACAAACCGUCUCCUCUCAGUGUGCGACAGCUGGUCACCGAAUGUCGCAACACUCUCGGGGAAGCCAUAGAGGUCCGCAAGAAGUACCGAGAGGUCAUGGAGGUCGUAACCCGUAGCGACCACUCCAAGGAGCAAGUCGAUAAAGACAUGGAGUUCUUUGAAAGUGACCUGAACAGAGUACUCAUGAUCUAUUUCAACUACCUGCAGAAGUGGGUCCAUCUCUCCACUGGCCAUGUUCUGGAGGAUGAAUGGAGACACGUGAAGAAGAUUUGCUCCCACAUCAGAUCUGGAGAGGCUGAGGCAGGCCGAAGAUUCUGUGACAUGGCGGCUCACCUGCUGGAUUCGACGGGAGACAUGUUUGAAGCUAGAAUGGACGAAACGUGUCAUCAUCUCCAUGAUCUGGAGAACAGCUACGAGGAGCAGAGGUCCUAUUCACUGGAGUCGUGUAGACAGUUCAGAUCUCUGUUUGUGGAAGUGAGGGAACAAGCAUCGAAGGCCAUCGGAUUCGCAAAGAUGUUGAGAAAGGACCUGGAGAUAGCGGCUGAUUUCACAGUGACGGUCGGACCCGGUGAGCUGUUGGAGGGACUGCGGGCCUCUGACCACGCCCGGGUGGAGCUGCCCAGCCCCACGGGGAAGAUGGUGUUUGUUCCUGACCUCAUGAGAGAGAGUGUUGAAGACAUUCAGCAGCUCUUGAGCGCCAGUUUCGCGUACUCUGACCCCAGCCUCGAUCUCAAAGACUCGUACAUUCUCCUGGUUGCCAUGGAUAUGUCGGGCAGCGAGUGGGCGGGGCACGUCGUGGACCUGAAGGUGCCCGCCGAAACCACCAUCGCCGUCUCUGAGAUGCAGAUUGAAUGUGUAAAGAUGAUAGUGGCAAGCUCCGCCCACCUAGCCGCCUGUCGGACAUCUUUCCUCAACGCUCUGGGAAAGGCCGUUCUUCUCACCAACGAGCAGACCUCCAGCCACGAGAAUGUUGCCACGAGGAUUCAUGACCUCAAGCAUGCAGCGUGUAAGCUGGCGGACCAGCUGAUAAUGGGCGGCCACCAAGUGAGGUGCAGCUGUGUUCGGAGGAGAGGGGGAGUGAGGACACCAGCUAUCAGACCGCCAUGCACGCCUGCUUCAACCUCGGAUUCGAGUAUAUCAGAGAUGUGUUCCGACUGGUGGGGGAAGACGUGGCCUACAGGAAACUGGGAGACCAGAUUCUCGAGUACGCUCAGCUCUGGAUGA